CUUCGCUUCUACUCAUUCUUCUUCUUCAAUCACCACGCUGUGAUCGAACUCUGGUUAAUUCAAUAACCAAAGAAAGAUGUUGGAGGAUCAGGUCGCAAACUUGUUGCAGAGGUAUCUUGGGAACUACGUCAGAGGUCUCAACAAAGAAGCUCUUAAGAUCAGUGUCUGGCAAGGUGAUGUAGAGCUAAAAAACAUGCAAUUGAAGCCGGAGGCACUUAAUGCAUUGAAGUUGCCUGUGAAAGUCAAGGCAGGCUUCCUUGGUUCAGUGAGGCUCAAGGUUCCAUGGAGCAGGCUGGGUCAGGAACCGGUGGUAGUUUAUCUGGACCGUAUUUUCAUAUUAGCUGAACCUGCAACCCAGGUUGAAGGAUGUACUGAGGAUGCUGUCCAAGAAGCUAAGAAGAGCAGAGUACGGGAAAUGGAAAUGAGGCUGUUGGAAAGUAGUCAGCAACUACAAUCAACAAUGAAUAAAUCAUGGGUGGGCUCCCUAAUCAAUACAGUUAUUGGAAAUCUGAAGCUCUCAAUUACCAACAUCCACAUUAGAUAUGAGGAUCUUGAGAGCAAUCCUGGUCAUCCAUUUGCUUCUGGUGUGACAUUGGCAAAACUUUCAGCUGUGACGAUAGAUGACAGUGGAAAGGAAACAUUUGUUACUGGGGGUGCACUGGAGCGUGUUCAGAAGUCAGUGGAGCUUGAGCGGUUGGCUCUUUAUUUUGAUUCUGACAUUCGCCCAUGGCACAUUGACAAACCAUGGGAGGAUUUGCUUCCUUCAGAGUGGAGUCAGGUCUUUGAAUUUGGUACUAAAAGUGGCAAAUCAGCUGGCUCCGUUAUAGAAGAGCACGCUUACAUUCUGCAACCAGUGACAGGGAAUGCAAAGUAUUCAAAGUUGCGGCCAGAUGAAUCUACAAGUACAGGCCAACCUUUACAGAAAGCAACAAUUAACUUGGAUGAUGUUACUCUUUGUUUAUCGAAGAAUGGAUAUAGGGAUAUUCUAAAACUGGCUGAUAAUUUUGCUGCCUUUAAUCAACGCCUGAGAUAUGCUCACUAUCGGCCACUUGUCCCAGUAAAAUCUGAUCCUAGUUCUUGGUGGAAGUAUGCUUGUAAAGCAGUAUCUGACCAGAUGAAGGCGGCAAGUGGGAAGCUAUCUUGGGAACAGGUCCUGAAGGAUGUAAGCUUACGUAAGAGAUAUAUAUCUCUUUAUGCUUCUCUGCUGAAAUCUGAUGUCAGUAGAAUGGUGGUUGAUGACAGCAAAGAAAUUGAGGAACUAGAUCGUGGACUUGAUAUUGAAGUCAUUCUUCAGUGGAGGAUGUUGGCUCACAAAUUUGUGGAACAGUCAAUAGAAUCAGACAUCUCUGUUAGAAACCAAAAAGCAAAGAAAUCGUGGUGGUCAUUAGGAUGGACUGGGCAAUCCAUGAAGGAUGAAAGUCAACCUUUGCAUUUCAGUGAGGAUGACUUGGAGAGAUUAAAUAAAAUAAUUGGGUACAAGGAAGGUGAUUCUGAGCAGUUGCUGACAACUCAAGACAAGGGAAACAUACUUCAUACCUUUUUGGAGGUUCACAUGAAACGUAAUGCUUCAAAGCUUAUUGCUGAGGCUCACGAGUGUCUUGCUGAAUUAUCCUGUCAAGGUUUGGAUUGCUUUGCCAAGCUGUAUUCAGAAGCAAAAGUUUUUGAUCUGAAGUUGGGAUCAUAUCAGUUAUUAUCACCAAAUGGACUCCUGGCAGAGAGUGCUACUAUGAAUGAUUCUUUGGUUGGGAUAUUUUCAUACAAGCCUUUUGAUGCUAAAGUGGACUGGAGUCUGGUUGCAAAAGCUUCUCCAUGUUACAUGACUUAUGUAAAGGACCCCAUUGACGAAAUAAUCAGCUUCUUUGAGAGCAGCACUGUUAGUCAGACCAUAGCCUUGGAAACUGCAGCUGCUGUGCAGAUGACAAUUGAUGGAGUCAAGCGUACUGCUCAACAACAUGUUAACAGAGCAUUGAAGGAUCAAAUGAGGUUUUUGUUGGACUUGGAUAUUGCUGCUCCCAAGAUUACCAUUCCUACUUUAUUCUGUCCAGACAAUUCUCAUGAGACUAAACUUCUGCUUGAUUUAGGAAACUUGGUGAUCCGUACACAGGAUGACUCUCAAUUGGACUCAUCAAAGGAGAUGGAUAUGUACUUGCAGUUCAACCUGUGUUUGAGUGAUGUUUCUGCUUUUCUAGUUGAUGGUGACUAUAUUUGGAGUCAAAAUCCUGUGGAUACAUCAUCUAGUUCUGGGAAGUCAAGUGGUUUUAGUUUCCUACCUGUUAUUGACAAGUGUGGGAUUGUCCUAAAUCUUCAGCAGAUACGAUCACUGAAUCCAUCCUUUCCCUCUACAAGACUUUCUGUGCGUCUUCCUUCCCUGGGAUUUCAUUUUUCUCCAGCCCGGUACCAUCGGCUAAUGCAAAUUGUGAAGGUCUUUCAGAGUGAGGAGAAGGAGAAAACAGAUUUUCUUCGCCGUGGGAAUCAAUCUGAUUUUGAGGGAUGGCUGUCUCUGCUUGUUUGGAAGGGCGUUGGAAAUAGGGAAGCUGUAUGGCAGCGUAGAUACUUCUGUUUGGUGGGGCCAUUUCUUUAUGUACUUGAGAGUCCUGGUUCCAAAACUUACAAGCAGUAUAUCAGUCUUCGGGGAAAACAAAUAUAUCAGGUUCCAGCAGAAAUUGUUGGUAAUGUGCCACAUGUUUUAGCUGUUUGUGAUGCUGCGCAAUCUAAUAUUAAGGUUGUGGAAGAUGUAAAUUCCCUCGUGUUGCGAUUGGAUUCUGAUGAAUCGAGGAAAACUUGGCAGAGACGCUUUCAAGGGGCUAUAUAUCGUGCAUCGGGUUCUGUUCCUAUCACUGAUUUAUCCAAAACUUCUUCAGAACCUGGAGAUGCUGAAACUGAAGUUGUGGAAAACAGUACUGUGAUGGAUUUAAUGAAGAUGGAAAAAGUGUUUGUCACAGGCAAUCUUGAUGAACUAAAGAUCUGUUUCAAUUAUAGUCAUCAAGUUAAUGGAAGUUUCAUGAAGGUCCUUCUAGAAGAAGAGAUUCGUCUAUUUGACUUCCGUGCAAUAGGUGGUCAGGUUGAAGUUUCAAUUAGGGGGAAUGACCUGCUUAUUGGUACUGUCUUGAAAUCCCUGGAAAUUGAAGAUUUAGUUUGCAAUGGUGGUACUCAACCAUGCUAUCUGGCAAGAUCCUUCAUCAAGACCGCUGACAUCACCACUUUGGAUGCGCCCUUGUCUGUUGUUGAUAAAACUCAUAGUGAAGAUGACAAGUUUUUUGAAGCAUCUGAGAACCUGGUUGACUUUGUUGACUGUCCUGAACAACCACUUCCUCCUAGCUUUAAUCAUAUUGCUGGUCUACUCCCUGAUGCUGAACCUAGAACAGUAACUAGGGAAAUGGUAGUAACUGAUAACUUGGAUAGUUUUGUGAAAGCUCAAAUAGUUAUCUAUGACCCGAACUCUCCUCUAUAUACUAAUGUUGAUAAACGGGUAAUGGUAACCCUAGCUACUUUGUCAUUUUUCUGUCGUAGGCCGACAAUUCUUGCAGUUCUGGAAUUUGUAAAUGCUAUCAACAUUGAGGAUGGAGCCUCUGAUGCUUUAACUGAAAAAUCUUUGUCAACCAAAAUAGAACAGAAUAACUUUGGGGAUGCUUCGAUUGAGGAUCAACCUUCAGCUACAAUCAAAGAGCCUAUCAUUAAAGGACUGCUGGGGAAAGGGAAAUCCAGAGUCAUCUUUGAUUUAUCAAUGAGUAUGGCCCGUGCCCAGAUAUCAUUAAUGAAUGAAAAUGGAUCUAAACUUGCUACGCUAUCGCAAAAUAAUUUGCGCACCGAUAUCAAGGUAUUCCCAUCUUCUUUUAGCAUAGAUGCUGCCUUGGGAAAUCUGAAAAUAAGUGAUGACAAUCUACUUAGUGCCCAUCCGUACUUCUGGGUCUGUGACAUGAGGAAUCCUGGGGGCAGUUCUUUUGUUGAGUUGGUCUUCAGUUCUUUUAGCGUCGAUGAUGAUGAUUAUAGAGGUUGUGAUUAUAGCCUCUUUGGGCAACUUUCAGAAGUACGAAUCAUAUAUUUGAAUCGCUUUGUGCAGGAGGUUGUUAGCUAUUUCAUGGGCCUUGUUCCCAACAAUACUGAGGGUGUUGUAAAACUGAAAGAUCAAGUUACCAACUCUGAAAAGUGGUUCACUACAAGUGAAAUUGAAGGAUCACCUGCUCUAAAAUUGGAUCUGUCGCUUAGAAAGCCUGUAAUCAUGAUGCCUCGGAGAACAGACAGCCUUGAUUACCUGGAGUUAGAUGUGGUCCACAUCACUGUCCAAAACAACUUUUACUGGCGUUUUGGCGACAAAAAUGAAAUGGGUGCUGUCCAUCUGGAAAUACUAGCUGUCCAGGUUGAGAAUGUCAACUUAAUUGUUGGGAGUAGAAAAGAAUCUGGUGAAAGCAUAAUUCAAGAUGUCAAGGGGCUUUCAAUUAUUAUUCGGAGGUCACUUCGGGAUUUGCUGCAUCAAAUCCCGAAUACAGAGGUUACAAUCAAGAUACAUGAGCUGAAAGCUGCUUUAUCCAACAAAGAGUACCAGAUAAUUACUGAAUGUGCAAUAUCUAAUUUGUCCGAGACUCCCAACACUAUUCCACCACUGAACCUUGAGACAGAUGAGGUGGCAGAACCUCUUGUUCCUGUAGCUUCCAGUGUUGAAUUUGAAACGCAUGAGAGAGAAUCAUGGGUGUCUAUGAAAGUUUGGGUUGCCAUUGAUUUGGUUGAAUUAUGCCUGCAUUCUGGGGUAAAGAGGGACACUGCCCUGGCCACAGUGCAGGUGAGUGGUGGAUGGCUUCUCUAUAAGUCUAACACUCUUGGCGAGGGCUUUCUUUCAGCAACACUAAAGGGUUUCACUGUCAUUGAUGAUCGUGAGGGAACUGAGCAAGAAUUUAGACUGGCAAUAGGAAAACCCAAGAGUAUUGGGUAUAGUCCCCAUCAGUAUGUCACUGAUGAUGGUAAUGAACAAUUGGUGUAUACAGAUAAAAAUGCCUUGAAUGAAAACAUUGUAAACCCAGUACCCACAAUGCUUAUUCUUGAUGCCAAGUUUAGCCAGUCAACAACAACUGUAUCAUUAUGCAUUCAAAGGCCGCAAUUGUUAGUUGCACUUGAUUUUUUACUGGCGGUUGUUGAGUUUUUUAUUCCAACAGUUCGCAAUAUGCUGUCAAAUGAAGAUGAUGAGAAUCCUCUCAAUAUGGUUGGUGCGAUUAUUUUGGACCAGCCAACUUAUAAUCAGCCGUCUUCAGAUUUCUCACUCUCACCUCAGAGACCUUUUAUUGUUGAUGAUGAAAAAUUUGACCAUUUUAUUUAUGAUGGUAAAGAUGGAAAUUUAUAUUUACAAAACAGACAUGGUUUCAGUCUCUCUAGUCCUAGCACAGAAGCGAUAAUCUACGUGGGAGAUGGGAAAAGAUUGCAAUUUAAAAAUGUCUAUAUUAAGAAUGGUUGCUAUUUGGAUUCUUGUAUUGUAUUGGGGGUCAACAGUAGCUAUUCAGCUUCCGAAGAUGAUCAUGUUUUCUUGGAGAGUGUGAAUGAUGGUACUCCCCGUAACUCUUCAGAGGAAAGGACUAACAGUGUAGGAAUGCAAAAUACUGCAGCUGAUGGCUCUACUGAGUUAACUAUUGAGUUGCAGGCUAUUGGUCCAGAACUAACAUUUUACAAUACAUCAAAAGAUGUUGGCGAAUUAUCGACACUUCCUAACAAACUUUUGCAUGCACGGUUGGACGCAUUCUGCAGGCUUGUUUUGAAGGGGGACAAUGUUGAGAUGCAUGCCAAUGCCAUCGGAUUGACGAUGGAGAGCAAUGGAGUCAGGAUUUUAGAGCCUUUUGACACCUCUAUAAAAUUUUCCAUUGAUUCUGGGAAAACCAAUAUACACAUAGCUGUUUCAGAUAUAUUUAUGAAUUUCUCCUUCAGCAUCUUGAGGCUGUUCUUAGCAGUUGAGGAGGACAUUUUGGCAUUUCUGAGAAUGACAUCAAAGAAAGUGACAGUGUCCUGCUCUCAGUUUGACAAAGUUGGGACAAUUGAAAAUCCCUAUAGUAAGCAAAUAUACACCUUUUGGAGGCCAUGUGCACCACCUGGUUUUGCGGUUCUUGGAGACUACUUGACGCCAAUGGACAAGCCACCUUCCACAGGAGUUAUUGCAGUAAAUACCAACUUUAUAAGAGUCAAAAGACCUGUAUGUUUCAAGUUAAUUUGGCCAAUAUCAGCAGCGGGAGACAGUCCUGAUUCCCAAGGUUCAAAAGAAUACAUCCAGAGUUCCAAUGAUGGUAGACAAGAGUCACAAGACAGUGGCUGUUCUGUUUGGUUCCCCAUAGCACCACAAGGUUAUGUUGCACUGGGCUGUGUGGUCUCUACUGGAAGAAUGCAACCAUCACCAUCUUCUGUUUUGUGCAUCUCAGCUUCAUUUGUUUCUCCUUGUUCCCUGAGAGAUUGCAUUACAGUGUGUUCUUCUGAGGUAUCAAGCUUAGCAUUAUGGAGAGUGGCCAACUCUGUAGGAUCUUUCUUGCCAGAAGAUCCCAUUUCUAGUAGUUUGACAGGGAGAGCAUAUGAGUUGCGUCAUAUGAUUUUUGGGUUUAUAGAAGGGUCUCCCAAAGAGUCUAGGAGUUCAAACAUUCAUGACACUCAUCCUGGUACUGAUCAUAUUCACCAGCCAGAAAGAUCUAAUAUUGUGAGCUCUGGGCGUCGGUUCGAAGCUGUAGCGAGUUUUAGAUUGAUAUGGUGGAAUCAAGGUUCAAACUCCAGGAAGAAACUAUCAAUUUGGCGUCCAGUUGUCCUGCAAGGGAUGGUAUUCUUUGGAGAUAUUGCUGUUCAGGGGUAUGAGCCUCCAAAUACGACAAUUGUUCUCCAUGAUGCUGCAGAUGAUCUUCUUAAAGCCCCAAUAGACUUUCAACUUGUUGGACAGAUCAAAAAACAGCGGGGAAUUGAAAAUAUUUCCUUCUGGUUGCCUCAGGCGCCUCCAGGUUUCGUUUCCUUAGGAUGUAUUGCAUGUAAGGGGACACCUAAGCAAAAUGACUUUGCCUCGUUAAGAUGCAUACGUAGCGAUAUGGUCACUGGGGAUCAAUUCCCAGAAGACAGUACAUGGGAUACAUCUGAUGCCAGGAUCAUGAAAGAACCAUUUAGUAUAUGGACAGUUGGUAAUGUGGUGGGUACAUUUCUGGUCCGUAGUGGUUUCAGAAAGCCACCCAGAAGAUUUGCUCUGAAGCUCGCAGAUCCAUCUGUUUCCAGUGGUUCAGAUGAUACUGUGAUUGAUGCAGAAAUUGGAACAUUCUCUGCAGCACUUUUUGAUGAUUAUGGGGGUUUGAUGGUUCCAUUGUUUAAUAUCUCCUUAAGUGGUAUUGGAGUUACUCUUCAUGGAAGACCCGACUACUUAAAUUGUACUGUAAAUUGCUCACUGGCUGCUAGAUCAUAUAAUGAUAAGUAUGACUCUUGGGAGCCUCUUGUUGAACCAUUGGAUGGAUUCGUAAGGUACCAAUAUGAUCUGAAUGCACCAGCUGCUUCUCAGUUACGUGUGACCUCUACUGGGGAUCUGAACAUGAAUGUCUCUGUGUCCAAUGCAAAUAUGAUUUUUCAAGCAUAUGCAAGCUGGAACAACCUUAGUCAUGCCCACGAAUCCUAUAAAAAAAGAGAAGCAGUUCUACCAAUUCAUGAUGGGUCUAUCAUUGACAUCCAUCAACGGAAGAAGUAUUUCAUUAUCCCCCAGAACAAGCUUGGGCAGGACAUAUUUAUGCAAGCUACUGAAAUCAGGGGACUUCCGAACAUUAUUAGAAUGCCAUCAGGGGAUAUGAAGGCUAUAAAGGUCCCAGUUUCAAAAAAUAUGUUGGAUUCUCAUUUGAAAGGAAAACUUGCCAACAAACUGAGAAUGAUGGUCACGAUUAUCAUCGCAGAUGGACAGUUGCCCAGUGUUGAAGGAUUGUCUGCACACGAAUAUAUGGUGGCAGUCCAUCUUGUGCCGAAUGAAUUCCUUCCUAGUGGGUCGUUACUGAGCCAACAAAGUUCACGCACUUCGGGUGGUAGUUCAGAUCGUUCCUCAACUCCCGGGCUUGAGCUGGUGAACUGGAGUGAGACGUUUUUUUUCAAAGUUGAUUCACCGGACUAUUACAAGGUGGAAUUCAUUGUGACUGACAUGGGGAAAGAUGAAUCUGUUGGAUGCUAUUCAGCUCCUCUGGCACAGAUAGCUAGCAAUCUCCACGAAAGUUCAAAUUCUUAUGAUUCAGUUGGUGAAUUGUCAUGGAUAGAAUUAUCCUUGGCAGAAACUAUGUCUAUCGCUCAAGGAGAUAAGUAUAAGUUCCAUGGGAGAAUACGAUGUGCUGUACUUCUUUCACCAAAUCUUCAAGUUGAAAAUGACGAGCAAGUCUCAACAAGUAGCAGAAAACGUGGGUCUAUUCAGAUCAGUCCUACAAGGGAAGGACCGUGGACGACUGUAAGGCUAAACUAUGCAGCAUCUGCAGCUUGCUGGCGCCUUGGAAAUGAUGUUGUUGCUAGUGAAGUGAAUGUUAAAGAUGGAAACAGAUACGUAACUAUUCGGUCACUGGUGUCUGUCCGUAAUAAUACAGAUAUUGUGCUUGAUCUGUGCCUCAGACCCAAAACCUGUCAUGAAAACUUAAGUACAAUAAAUGAUGGUGUGAAACAUGAAGAUGAAGCAUUAGAAGGUGAAAGAAUUGAAACAGAUGAGUUCUUUGAAACUGAAAAGUACAAUCCAGCCAUUGGCUGGGUUGGUUGUUCCACUCAACCUAGACAAGAUCAUUUUGGAGGUGGGGACUCCCAUGAGGAAAAUUCUCGAGUUGAUUUGCCAUCAGGUUGGGAAUGGGUUGAUGAUUGGCAUGUUGAUAAUGCAUCUGUGAACACUGCUGAUGGCUGGGUUUAUGCUCCAGACAUUGAACACUUAAAGUGGCCGGAGACAUAUAAUCACUUAAAAUUCAUUAACUAUGCAAGGAAAAGGAGAUGGAUCAGGAAUAGGAAACAAAUCUCCAAUAAUGUAAGGCAGCAAAUAUCAGUCGGGUUACUGAAACCUGGAGAUACAAUUCCUCUUCCUCUUUCAGGUGUGACACAUCCUGGAUUAUACAUCCUGCAGUUAAGACCAUGGAAUGUCAAUGAUCCUGAUGAAUACUCUUGGAGCUCAGUUUUUGAUGGGAAUGAUCAGUUGGACGCUUCUGGUCAACCUAAAGGAAUCUCAGAAAUUUGUGUAUCAACUCUUACUGAAUCUGAGAAACUGUUGUGCUGCACCCGAGUAAAUAACAGUUCUUCAAAUUGUGGGUCAGGGUUGUGGUUCUGUUUGAGCAUACAAGCCACAGAGAUUGGGAAAGAUAUUCAUUCAGAUUCUAUUCAGGAUUGGAAUAUUGUGAUUAAAUCUCCGCUAUCCAUCAUUAAUUUUCUUCCCCUAUCAGCGGAAUUUUCUGUUCUUGAAAGGCAAGCUAGUGGUCAGUUCAUUCACUGCUCUCAAGGAGUGUUUCUACCUGGAGAAACUGUGAAGAUAUACAACGCUGACCUGAGAAACCCUUUGUACUUUUCACUGCUUCCACAAAGAGGAUGGCUUCCAAUGCACGAAGCUGUCAUCAUAUCCCAUCCCAGCAAGGUUCCAUCCAAAACAAUAAGUUUUAGAAGUUCAUUUUCUGGAAGGAUCGUUCAUGUCAUUCUUGAACAAAUCCCAAAUAAAGAACAGCAUAUUGUGGCAAAGGUUGUUAGAGUCUAUGCUCCCUACUGGAUUGCCAGUGCCAGAUGUCCUUCCCUUACAUAUAGGGUUGUAGAUAGAUCAGUGAAGAGGAAAAAACGGAAUUUCUCUCUCCCAUUCCCUUCAAAGCAGAGAAAUGAAGUAAUCCUUGAGGAGAUCACUGAAGAGGAAAUAUUUGACGGAUAUAGCAUCGAUUCUGCACUAAACUUUAAACUUGUUGGCCUCUCAGUGUCUAUAAGUCAAUCAGGCAAAGAACAAUUUGGACCUGUUAGAGACCUUACUCCUCUUGGGGACCUGGAAGGCUCAAUGGAUCUCUCUGCUUAUGAUUCUGAUGGUAACUGCAUCCGGCUCUUUAUAUCCUCAAAACCAUGCCCCUAUCAAUCAAUUCCUACGAAGGUAAUGUCUGUCCGGCCGUUCAUGACAUUCACGAACAGACUUGGUCAAAAUAUGUUUAUCAAGCUAAGUAGUGAAGAUGAGCCCAAGAUCUUACGUACAUCUGACUCAAGAGUCCCGUUUGUAUUUCGUGAAACAGGGAGGCCUGAUAAAUUCCAGGCUCGACUGGAGGAUACGGAAUGGUGUUUUCCUGUUGAAAUUGUGAAAGAGGACACCAUCUAUCUAGUUUUGAGAAAACAUAAUGGUGCCAGGAGAUUUGUGAGGACAGAAAUUCGAGGCUAUGAGGAGGGAUCACGUUUUGUAGUUGUGUUCCGUUUAGGAUCUACAAAUGGUCCUAUCAGACUGGAGAACAGAAUAGUGAGCAAGACAAUCAGGAUACGCCAGUCUGGCUUAGAUGAUAAUGCCUGGAUUCAAUUAGAAUCCCUGUCAACUACAAAUUUCUGUUGGGAAGAUCCAUAUGGACAUAGACAAAUCGAUGCUGAGAUCAAGAAUGGGAGUAAUAUAUCUGUCCAAAAGUUCAGCUUGGAUAAGACAGGAGUAUAUGCUGCAGAUGAGACAGCACCAGGAGUACAGCUUCAAAUUGUAGAAAUUGGUGUUAUUAUGGUUGUGAGAUUCAUUGAAGACAGGUCAUCAGAUUCAAAUGUACAGGAACAAAACAAUGUCCUGGCAUCUAUUGGAAAUUGGGGCAUCUCUUGUAUGCAAAGAACCCAACAGAUUGAUACUGCUCCUAUAGAGGUUAUAAUUGAGCUGGGUGUUGUUGGAAUUUCUCUAAUAGAUCAUAGACCACGAGAGCUUGCAUACUUAUACUUGGAGAGGGUUUUUGUUUCAUAUUCAACUGGUUAUGAUGGGGGCACCACCAGCAGGUUCAAGCUUAUAUUUGGCUAUUUACAGCUUGAUAAUCAGCUCCCACAAACAUUGAUGCCUGUUCUGUUGGCACCUGAACAAACAACUGACAUGCAGCAUCCAGUUUUCAAAAUGACAAUUACAGUGAAGAACGAGAAUACUGAUGGCACCCAGGUGUACCCGUACGUUUAUAUACGGGUCACUGACAAGUGUUGGAGGGUUAGUAUUCAUGAACCCAUUAUUUGGGCAUUGGUGGAUUUCUACAAUAAUCUUCAGUUAGAUCGAAUACCCAAAAGCUCUAAUAUCUCAGAAGUUGAUCCUGAGAUACGAGUGGACCUAAUAGAUGUUUCAGAAGUUCGGUUGAAGUUGUCACUGGAGACAGAACCAACUCAGAGACCUCAUGGGAUUCUAGGCAUCUGGAGCCCCAUACUGUCAGCAGUUGGAAAUGCAUUUAAAAUUCAGGUUCAUCUAAGGAAAGUCAUGCACAAGAACAGAUUUAUGCGGAAAAGUGCGGUUGUUCCUGCAAUUGUAAACCGUAUUUGGAGAGACCUGAUCCAUAAUCCUUUACAUCUGAUAUUUUCAGUAGAUGUGCUUGGUAUGACAAGCUCAACAUUAGCAUCUCUUAGCAAAGGUUUUGCUGAGCUCUCAACAGAUGGGCAGUUUCUAAAGUUGCGUUCAAAGCAGGUAUGGUCAAGGAGAAUCACUGGGGUGCGUGAUGGAAUUCUUCAAGGAAGUGAAGCUCUUGCACAAGGUGUAGCUUUUGGAAUGUCUGGUGUAGUGACAAAACCUGUGGAGAGUGCCAGACAACAUGGUGUUCUAGGGUUUGCUCAUGGUCUUGGACGAGCUUUCCUUGGAUUCAUAGUGCAACCAAUGAGUGGAGCAUUAGAUUUCUUCUCAUUGACAGUGGAUGGAAUUGGUGCAAGUUGUACCAGAUGCUUAGAGGUCUUCAAUAGUAGGACCAAUUUCCAGAGAAUCAGAAACCCCCGGGCAAUUCAUGCAGAUUGUGUUCUUAGGGAGUAUUGUGAGAAAGAAGCAAUUGGGCAGAUGAUCCUUUGGCUCGCAGAAGCUAAUCGGCAAUUUGGUUGUAUGGAAAUAUUCAAGGAGCCUUCAAAGUAUGCUUGGUCUGAUUAUUAUGAGGAUCACUUCAAUGUGCCUUACCAGAGGAUAGUACUUGUAACAAACAAGCGUAUUAUGCUACUGCAGUGUCUGGCUCCAGACAAGAUGGAUAAGAAACCCUGCAAGAUCAUGUGGGAUGUACCUUGGGAAGAGCUCUUGGCAUUGGAGCUGGCAAAAGCUGGCUACCCUAGACCCUCUCACUUGAUUCUGCAUCUCAAAAUUUUCAAAAGGUCUGAAAACUUUGUCCGGCUUGUCAAAUGCAAUGUUGAAGAAGAAGCUGGAGGAGGAGAACCCCAAGCUGUUAGGAUAUGCUCAGUAGUGCGUAACGUGUGGAAAAAACACCAGUCAGACAUGAAAAGCCUAGUUUUGAAGGUUCCUUCUAGCCAGCGGCAUGUAUAUUUUGCUUGGGAUGAACCAGAUGGAAGAGACUGGAAUAAUCAGAUUAAGGCUGUGAUUAAGCCAAGAGAGUUCUCUUCAGUUGGUUCUGUUUCAGAUGAUAUGAAAUUCAUAAAACAUAGUAUCAACUUUCAGAAGAUCUGGAGCAGUGAACAAGAGUCAAGAAGUCAGCGCACAUUGUGCCGAAAGCAGGUUUUGAAGGAUGGUGGAUUAUGUAGCAUUUGGAGACCAAAUUGCCCCAAUGGUUAUGUAUCCAUUGGGGACAUAGCUCGUAUUGGCACUCAUCCGCCAAAUGUUGCUGCUGUGUACCAUAAGAUCAACGAGCAGUUCUCAAUUCCAGUGGGUUACGACUUGGUGUGGAGGAACUGCUCGGAGGACUAUACUACUCCUGUAUCAAUUUGGUACCCACGGGCACCAGAAGGAUUUAUCUCUCUUGGGUGUGUUGCUGUAGCUGGUUUCUCAGAGCCACAACCAGGUUGUGUGUACUGUGUGAGAGGAACACUUGCCGAAGAGACAAUAUUUGAGGAGCAAAAAUUGUGGGAGUCACCAGACUCAUACCCAUGGGCCUGCCAUAUCUAUCAGGUUCAAAGUGAAGCUCUUCAUUUUGUCGCUUUACGACACCCAAAGGAAGGAUCUGAUUGGAAACCAAUGAGGGUCAUUGACGACCAGCAGCAGCCAUCACAAGAAACAGCUGCUUGAUGAACAUUAGAGUGGUAUGAUAGGCCUCUUUCCAUGUGAAUGUUCAGAAAGACUUGCAAGUGGGCUUUUGCUU